AUGGCGAGUAGAACGAAGCAGAAGAAGUCGUCUACCACAACGCAGAAACCUGAGACGAACAAGUGCGACGUGUCUGGGCUCAUCGACCCUAAUGCUCCAUAUGUCGAUGUUCUCAGUUGGAACUUGGAUGGUCUCGGCGAAGGAAUGCGGCCUCGGGAGCGUGCUGGUUUGGCAAUGGAGGAAAUCUUCGACAACACCAAAGAUGGGAGAGCUCUUCCUGACGUCCUCUGCUUUCAGGAAGUCACUCCGAGCACCAUCGAAGUGCUGCAUGCCAGGCUUGUCAGGAACGGAUAUGUUGAUGUUGAGGAGGCUCGAAUCCCGGCCGGGCGAGAGAUUCCUGGGAGUUACUUCACCAAGAUGUACCUCCGGCAAGCAGAGGGGAGGACGAGGCGACUGAGCUCGUUCAGGCAAGAUUAUCCCAGCAGCAUGCAGGGAAGAGACUAUCUCCAGGCGGACAUCCAUGUGCCCUUCCUCGGAAUGGUGCGAGUAGCGACUACUCAUCUAGAGAGCCAGUCGCCAAACUGGCAGGUCAGAGAAGUGCAGCUGCAGCAUGCUGUAAAUCACCUGGAGCAGGUGAAGGGGAGCGAGCCAUGCCUUAGCCUCCUCGUGGGAGACCUCAACCUGUCAAAGGCGGACGAGAAAUACUUGCCUCGGAUCACUCGGACGCUCAUAGAUGCCUUCGGACAUGAUCCCGUCCCCACGUGGGAUGCCAUCAGAAACGUCAACGUGCGCCGCAUGUUGGGCUUGCAAACAUCCGGAGGGCCCCGCUGCCGGUUCGAUCGCUGCUUCUUCCGCAAGAGCAUGGAGGGUCUCCAGCUCGUGCGCACGUCGUUGGUGGGGAUUGAGAAGGACGCGGAGCUAGACCUCCAUCCCAGCGAUCACUUCGGGAUAAGGAUGAGGUGGGAGGGCCCGGCAGGCAGCAGGCAGGAGGUCGUGGGCAGCGACAAGGGUCAGUCGGCUGCACCAGCAGAGCCUGACGUGGAGGAGAGGAGACGUCUGGCUCUGAGAGCGGCAGAAGCCCGGCUGAAGGGGGAAGCAGCAGCGCGCAGUGGAGAGAAAGACUCCAUGACGCCAGCGAAGCGAAAGCCUCAGCUGAAGAAGUAG